UCUCCAUUAGCUUCAAGUGUUUUGCUCCAACACAAUUCUCAUGGCAAAAAUCAGUGUCCUUAAGCUUGUUUUCUUGAUGCUCAUGGUGACCAGUGCACCAGUGACUGAAGCAUCAGUUUCAUGCAACCAAGUGGUGAACUACCUUACACCAUGUGUGCCUUAUGUGACGAAUGGCGGAACACCGCCAAGUCAGUGCUGCAAUGGCGUUAGGGGCCUCUACAAUGCGGCUCAGACCAGCUUAGACCGUCAGGGUGUGUGCAAGUGCUUGAAAGCAGUUCUCAAUGGAGUCCCAUACAGUCCUAGAAACCUUGCUUUAGCAGCUGGGCUUCCUAAACAAUGCAAUGUCAAUGUUCCCUAUAAAAUUGACCCCUCCACUCAAUGCGACAGUGUGAAGUAAGCUCCGGUUGGACGGCUUGAAGAACUAGUAGAAACUGGUAG